AUGACUCCCUUGUUUGGAACAAACUGUGGAAACUGCAAGGACUACAUCGAGCAGUAUUACCACGAAUUGGAUGCCGUAGUGGAAGGAGCAAUGACAAAUUUUCGAAGAUUAAUAAGAGAGGAAUAUGCGGGAAUCUAUAACACGGAUAAAACAGAGGAGGAACGAAUGGAUCACAUGAAAGAACUCUGCCAGGAAGUUCAGCAGCAUAUUGCCACGAAGAAAGAUAAUAUGCUCAACAAGCUGCGAGAACAGAUAGUCUCCUUGAAAAGUCUUGGUGACGCAAAGGAUGGUUUUGUGAAGAAAAUAGAAAAGGAGAUUCUCGAGCAGGAGCAGAAAUGGGUGGAACAAUAUGCCACGAUGGAAGCAACGGUUGCUGAUCUGGAAGAAGACGUCAAAAAUUUGAGCAGCCAACUCUUGGCUAAAGAUAAAGAUUGGACAGACACCAAGGACAAAUUGGCUGAUGUGACCGAAGAAGUGAAAGUCCUCCGAGACGAACUUCAAGCUGCUAAUGAGGACAGUGUCCGAGACAAGAAGAAAAUACAAGAGCUUGACGAGGAGGCAGGUCCCUUGAAAACCGAGUUAGCUGCUGCUCACACGGCUCUAUUGGCCACGCAGAAAGCAAACCUUCAGAAGAAUCAGAAAAUCUCGGAAAUAAAAUCGAAGCUGGAGAAUGCGGAAAAGAUUGCAGCCGCGAAAGAUCAAGUAAUCAAACAGAUAAAGAAAACGGCAGAGGAAAACGCAAAGGAAAUUCAAGACUUGAAAGAGGAAAAGAUGGUACAGCAAAAAAAGAGCGAGGAUGACGAGCUUGUAAUGGAGAAAUUGAAAGAGCUUCUGGAACAAGCAGAAGACAAUGAGAAAAAGAGAAAGGAGACCGAAGAACUUGGGAAGGUCAGAAGACGAGAGAGACUCGAGGAGAGAAAAAGAAAGAAGGAUAGAAAGAUGAAGAGAAAACUUGAGAAGCACGAGAAGAAGUGGGGACCGAUCAAGAUGAUGAAGACAGACGAUGAGAAGGAGAUCUGUGAUCCGUCGGAUAGUGGGUGCUCCACACCAUGA